UAUGUUCUCAUGUACACUGUUUGCUUUUUAGGUUCAGUGAGUGGGCAGUAUGAGUGACUGGCAGAGGAAAAACCCUUUGGACUGGCAGACGUACGUGAACAAAGAAGUAAAAGUCACAGCUGCUGAGAAACAUGAAUACAAAGGAUGGGUCUUAACAAUUGACCCAGUUUCUGCGAAUAUUGUUCUAGUGAAGCUCCUGGAGGAUGGAAAAGUUUCUGUCUCCGCCAUCUUGGGUCAUGCUGUACAGACAGUUGAAAUAGUGAAUGAGGGGGAUGAUGAAGUGAAGGAGCGGCUUGCUCGCCUAUUCAUGCCGGAGGAGAGCAAAGCUUUUGGCCAUGAAGAACUGGAGAAGAGGAAGAGCAGCCUGAAGACUUGGCUGGAGUCCAAUCACAUCCCUGUCACAGAACAAGGCGAGUCACAAAGAACACUGUGUGUGGCCGGUGUCUUAACUGUCGACCCGCCAUACGGGCCAGAAGACUGCAGCAGCUCCAAUGAAAUUAUUCUGUCCAGAGUCCAGAGCUUGAUCCAAGGCCAUCUUGCAGCACAGCAGUAAUGGACAAGUGGGCAGACACUGCUUGUCUAAAACUCUUCUGUUUCACACGGGGAGAUGCCUUUCCCCUUCAGUUAGGAGCUGUUCUCUGGUCCUGGUCGACCUGCUCUUCGGUGACAGGAGUGAGGGUGCUGUUGUGCGUUAGCUGCUCCGGCUCGUUCUGUUUGUGAGGGACUAGAUGGUGGAACCGCUGUAGAGCUGGAAGCAGGGAGGGUUUGUGCUACCUACUAUAAUGUUAUCAAAAUCGCUAUUUGGUACAAAUGACAUGUUAGUCUGUG